CAUGGGAGGGAGGAUUAUAAAUUAGGUGUGGGUUGGAUCGAAAUUGGUAAAAGAAAAAGAAAAAGAAAAUGGAGGAGACAAAGGUGGAAUUAAUAGAAGAAGAGAUAGUCAUUAUCGGUGCUGGAAUUGCAGGUCUAUCCACAGCUUUGGGACUUCACAGAUUGGGGUUGAAGAGCUUGGUGUUGGAAUCAUCAGACAGUCUUAGAGUGAGUGGCUUUGCUCUCACCUUGUGGACUAAUGCUUGGAGGGCUCUCGAUGCUCUUGGAGUAGCCGAUUCUCUCAGAAUCAAAUUCCCUCAAAUUCAAGGGUUUGAGCUUGCAUCGGCCCAUGCUUCUACUUCCACACCACAAUCAGUAGCCGCUGACUGUGGAUUGAAUCGACCUUACGAAUGCCGAUGCGUGGAAAGAAAGGAGUUGCUCGAGACCCUGGCCAAGGAACUUCCACACGGAACCAUUAGAUUCUCCUCAAAGCUUCUUUCCAUUCAUCAUCAUCAUCAACAAUCUACUACAGGUUUCAAGUCUUUGCAACUGUCUGAUGGUUCAGUAAUCAACACCAAGGUGUUGAUUGGCUGCGAUGGUGUUAACUCCCAAGUGGCAAAAUGGUUGGGUCUCAAAAACCCAGUUAAGUCAAACAGAUCAGCGAUCAGGGGUCUCCUUCAAUCUCCCCCCGACGGAGGAGGACAUGGGUUAGAACCCAGAUUCCACGUCUACUUUGGCGGUGGAGUGCGUUUCGGGUUUGUUCCAUGUAAUAACAACUCCUUGUAUUGGUUUUGCACCUUCACUCCUUCCUCCUCAACAUCAUCAUCAGGUGGUAAGGAGGAAGAGUUUGAGGAAGGGGAAGCUAUGAAGAUGAAGCAAUUUGUGUUGAACAAGGCUAGGAACGCCCCAAAGGAAAUGCUGGAGGUGGUGGAGAGAACUGGGCUAGAUGCGAUCUCGUGUUCAGAGCUGAAAUUGAGGCCGCCGUGGAAUUUAUUGACGGGUAAUAUUGUGAAAGACAAUGUUUGUGUUGCCGGGGAUGCUCUUCAUCCUAUGACUCCUGAUAUAGGUCAGGGCGGUUGUUCUGCUCUUGAGGACAGCGUGAUACUUGCCAGGUGCAUCGGGGAAGCUAUGAUGAUGAAGACAAAUGAUGAUAAAUUGCUUGAGAAAUACGGGAAAGAGAGGAGAUGGAGAAGUUUUUGGCUGAUUAGCGCGGCGUAUAUGAUGGGUGUGAUCCAAGAGAGCGGCGGGAAGGUGACGAGUUUUAUUAGGGAGAAGGUUUUGCCUGGUUCAACUAUUGGGGCCUUGGUCUAUAUGGCCGACUUUCAUUGCGGCAAACUUACUACCACGGAAUCUUCAUCUUAAAUUAUAAUCCAUAUUUAUUCACUUUGUGUGUUUUCGAAUCUGGGUUUCAUGUCUGUAAUCCUUUGUUUUGUUUGUUGUGUUUUUUUAAAUGAUCCAAAAUGUCAAACUCAGUAGACAUUACUUUUUACA